CCUUCUGUACGUAACACACAAUCGAGAGUGGGAAUGGAUGAGUUUCUUCUUUGUCAGGAGGCCAUGUUCGAUCGUAAAAAUGGAAUCUUGGAAGAUGCAAACGACUUUCUUCUUUGUGAUGAAGUAUGGGACAUGAGUCCAGUGAUUGAACAUACACGACAAUACCAUAAGCCAAAGGAAACGAACACUUUGGUUCACCAUAUUACCAAAAAAGAAUGUGAACGCUCGUUUGCUAAUUGUCUACGAAAGGAAAUGAAGUAUAUGCCUGGAUCAGGAUACGUAAACCUUCUUGAAUGCAAUCCUUUCGUUGCUACCUGUAGAUUCAAAGCGAUCCAGUGGCUCAUUCAUUCUCACCGGCGGUUUAAUUUUUGUGUCGGAACUGUGUUAAACGCUGUAAAUUAUGUUGAUCGAUUCAUCUACAUCAAUAAAUGCCAUGGUUGGAACUAUUUGAUGAUGGAGUUACUUUCUGUGGCUUCUUUAUCGAUUGCUAUCAAAUUUGGUGAGACUAGUCCUCCCUCGCUUAAUGAAAUUCAGGAAGGUCUAGAGUAUUCUUUUGAAGCAAAGCUAAUCCAAAGAAUGGAAUUGAGAAUACUGGAAUCUUUAGGUUGGGAACUUAAUUCAAUCACUCCUCAUUCGUACGUUGAGUUGAUCGUUUGGGAAUUGAAUUCCUAUUUCAAGAAUCAUCUUGUUCUUGAUGAAUUAAGUUCAAGGCUUAAUGACCUUCUUCUUGCCUCAUCUCUAGAUUAUAAAUUUCUCAAGUACCGACCAUGUGUUAUUGUCAUGAGCGGACUAAGAUGUGUUCUUGAGGACUUUCUCCAGUUGACAUAUCAAGAUUGUCUUUCCCACAUCACUAACUUCAUUCCUCCAGAUCAAACUGAAAAUCUACAAACGUGCUGUAAAAUGAUUCAAGAAACCUUGGUUAGAUGUUGCAAAUCUGAAGCUAACGGAAACCCAUCGAGCCCUGACACCGUAUUAAUCAAGGAGCAAGUUGCUAUCUUCGAGGAACAGAUUGAUCUUUCUCUUAUUGAUGGAUCAAAUCUGCAGAAGAAGAAGAAUCUGGUGAAGAGGAAGAGGGAGGAAGACGAUGGCUGUUUUGUAAAGCAUAAGAAAUAUGUAGAUUAAUUGAUUGGUAUAAUCAUGAUAAGGAUAGUGUAUGGAAGACACAUAGAUACUAUAAACAGAUGAGUGAUAGGCUAUACUAGAAGUUUGGUAGAGCCUAUGGAGUCAUGCAAACAGUCAAUGUAAUCGCAUGCGUGUAUUCAUGAUCCACAUAAAUAGUGUUGGAUUUAAUUAAUAUUUACUAUUACUAUUAUUACCUUUUAA